GGUUAGAGAAAGAGAUUGAGCAACAGCUCACAGUGUGUGCAGGACCUCCAGGCAUACCAUUACUGUGAAGAGAAACAGAAUUUGGUGGCUGUUGGCUAAUGGUUUUAGGUUCUUUACUUUUACCACAAUAAUAGUAAUUUGCCCCAUUUCGCAUUUGCAACUUCAAUUGACAGAUCAAACCGAUUUGUAAGACUUUGUGAGAUGCGACUGUCCAGAUCUUUGUCAAUAUCGUCAUUAAGUGGACUUCCACUAUGGGAAGAGGAAAGUCUACCUGUGCAAGAUCUCUUGCUUUUUGAGGUGUCGUGGGAAGUCACCAAUAAGGUUGGGGGUAUAUACACUGUUAUUCAGACUAAAGCAAAGAUCACAGUGGAUGAAUGGGGAGAGAACUACAUCAUGAUGGGACCGUACUACGAACACAACUUCAAGACCCAGGUGGAGAAAUGUGAACCCCCAAACCAAGCCAUCAAAGCUGCCAUGGACUCCUUGAUUAACAAUGGUUCCCAGGUGCAUUUUGGCCGCUGGUUGAUUGAGGGCAGUCCAUACGUCAUCCUCUUUGAUAUUGGGGCAGCUGCCUGGAACCUGGACCGCUGGAAGGGGGAUCUGUGGAACGAGUGCAGCAUCGGGCUGCCCUAUCAUGACAGAGAGGCCAACGACUCACUCAUCUUUGGUUCUCUUGUGGCCUGGUUCUUCAAGGAGUUAACAGACCAACUACAGGACAAGCCCAAUGUAAUCGCUCAUUUCCAUGAGUGGCAGGCUGGGACAGGCCUUCUACUAAGUCGCUCCCGAAAGAUUCCCUUGGCAACCAUUUUUACCACACACGCCACCCUACUGGGGCGGUACCUGUGUGCUGGCAAUGCAGACUUCUACAACAACCUGGACAAGUUUAACAUAGACCAAGAGGCAGGAGAGAGACAGAUCUACCAUCGGUACUGUUUGGAGAGAGCUGCGGUACACUGUGCACAUGUCUUCACCACCGUGUCACAGAUCACAGCUGUGGAGGCCAAUCACAUGCUCCACAGACAAGCAGAUGUCGUCACCCCAAACGGCCUGAAUGUUAGGAAGUUCUCAGCCAUGCAUGAGUUCCAGAACCUCCACUCCAUGAACAAAGCCAAGAUCCAGGAGUUCGUUAGGGGACACUUCUACGGCCAUCUGGACUUCAAUCUGGAAAAGACCCUGUUCUUUUUCAUCGCAGGACGAUAUGAGUUUUCGAACAAAGGAGCAGACCUGUUCCUCGAGUCUCUGUCCAGAUUAAACUACUUGCUAAGGGUUCAUAAGAGUGAUGUUACAGUGGUUGUGUUUUUCAUCAUGCCUGCCAAAACCAACAACUUCAACGUGGAGUCUCUUAAAGGACAGGCUGUACGCAAGCAGCUGUGGGACACAACACAGUUCGUGAAGGAGAAAUUUGGCAAAAGGCUUUAUGAGAGUUUGUUAAGGGGUGAGAUCCCAGAUAUGAGCAAAAUCCUGGACAGAGAUGAUUUCACAAUCAUGAAGAGGGCCAUUUAUGCAACACAGAGACACUCUCUCCCUCCAGUAACAACUCACAACAUGCUGGACGACUCCACGGACCCGAUCCUGAGCAACAUCCGCCGAAUCGGCCUCUUCAAUGGACGGAAUGACAGAGUGAAGAUUGUGUUCCAUCCGGAGUUCCUGUCCUCCACCAGCCCCUUGCUGCCCAUGGACUAUGAGGAGUUUGUGCGCGGCUGCCAUCUGGGAGUGUUUCCAUCCUACUAUGAACCAUGGGGCUACACUCCAGGUGAGUGUACCGUCAUGGGCAUCCCCAGCGUAACCACCAAUCUGUCUGGGUUUGGCUGUUUCAUGGAGGAACAUGUAUCUGACCCUUCUGAAUAUGGAAUCUACAUUGUGGACCGGCGGUUCCGUUCUGCGGAUGAGUCGUGUAACCAGCUGACUCAGUUCAUGUUUUCGUUUUGCCAGCAGUCACGCAGACAGCGAAUAAUCCAACGCAACCGCACAGAGAGACUCUCUGACCUGCUUGACUGGAGAUACCUCGGACGGUUCUACAUGUACGCACGGCAUCUGGCACUCAGCAGAUCCUUCCCUAGUAAAUUCAAAAUGGACCAUCUUAACAUUGCACCGACACAAGGCUUCCGUUACCCCCGACCCUCUUCCGUCCCUCCAUCCCCGUCGGCUUCCCUCCACUCCACCCCUCACCACAGCGAUGAGGAAGAUGACGACACCUAUGACGAAGAGGAGGAGGCGGAGAGGGACAGGCAGAACAUCAAGGCACCGUUCACUUUGGGUGCAGAUCCUGAGAGUGAGAGCAAACAUCCGCUAGAAAAUGGGAAGUAAGAUCUGCACCCUCCUGCUCCUGUAGUUCAGACUCUUUCAGACAUAUUUACACCCCCUGCUACAUUUGUCUGCCUGCAGCUUUUGAACGGAUUAUUGAUGAAGUAUCUUCAAAGUAUGAAUGAGAAGAUAACCUACAGUGGCAUUCAAAAGUCUGAGACGAUACUGAUAAUCUGGGAUUUAAUAACCCAUUUAAACUUGUGACUAAUGAUAACUGAACCAUGUGGACUCAUUGAUGUACAGAUGAUUCUUGCUUUUGUUGAAGACACUCUUAUCAAGUUUGACAUGAACUUUUGGAGUUCAUGCAUCUCAAAUGGUUUCAGUACUGCUUUUAGACUUUUGGAUAUAAAUUUGGUACUAAACACACAACUAUAUGGUGUUUUAAACCAAAUUGGGCAUCAAAUUUGGCUUAUUGGUGCUAUAUGAGGCAAUAAUUUGUGCAAAUAUUGAAAGAAAAAAAAAACUAAAAACACCUUUAUAUACACUGAACAAAAUUAUAAA